CGGCGUGGAAACCCCCCACUGUCGCGGGUGGAGGUGGCUGGACUUGCUAAGUUAUCCACACUGGCUUUAGGUUCAGAAGGAAAGUCCAAAGCUUGCAAAGGCAGAGCUGCAAACCCAUGCGCGUCAGAUUCCCUCACCUGGCGUCGGUUUCCGGCAGGAGGUCGUCAGCGUGUAGCGUCAGCGGCGAGGGUUUGACGGCAGUGUGGCGCCGACAGCGUCGUGAACGUCCUUCAGCUAAAAAAAAAAAACAAAACAUUCAGAAACAAAACUAUAGCGAGAAACAAACAAACAAACAAACAAACAAUGAGCGUUUUUGAUUUGUUUCGAGGUUUUUUUGGGUUCCCAGGUGGUAAUUUCCACGGAGACAGAAGAAGGGGCCCGUUCUUUGAGGGAAUGGAGGAGGAGGAGGAAGAGGAGGAGGAGGAGUUUGACUGGUUCUUCAGCGGAGGGGGCCCGGGGGCGGGGAGAAGGGAGGACCCCGGCGGGAUGCGCUUCCACGACAGACUCGGGAUGGAGGAGCUGCUCCGGGGAGUGGACGACCUGUUCAGAGGGGCCUCCCGACACCGCGGGUACCCCAGUAUUGGACCCCCAGAUUCGGAGGCGCACAGUCAGGGGGGCUCUUCUCUCCGGGACUCGAUGCUCAAGCACCCCGACAGCACCCCCGCUCCGGGAGGGGGCGCCCCUUCCCCUGCCCCCCGCACCCCCCCUCAAAAGGUGAGGAGCAGUCGAGGGCGCCUUUCAAUUACUAGCAACGCAACUCUGCAUCUUCAUGAGGACAGCUGGAGAGGGAUCGCUCCGAGACACGAGGCGGACUCGAUGAAGGAGGACAAGGAUCUCGAUUCCCAGGUCUCUUCAGAAGGUCUCGACACGAUCCUCCAGCCCAAGAUAAAGUCCUUCUUCAAGAGUGUCUCUGUCACUAAGAUCGUGGGUCCCGAUGGGACGGUGGAGGAGAGGCGCACAGUGAGAGACAGCCAGGGGAACGAGGAGACCACGGUGACUCGGACCCGGGCAGACCAGCGGGACGGAGAGCGAGACGGUGCCUCGGCGCAGUUUGCCGACACGCUGCCAGACCUGCACGACGAUUUCUCCAUCUUUUCAAAAAUGUUCCGUCGAUUUUUCAGCGGCCGUUGAGCAAGUGGGGGCCAAAGCGACUUUUGCAAACCUGUGUGUUUACCUGUACAGCAGGUGCAGAAGAAACUAUAUGAAGAAUUCAAUACAAAAAGACAGUCCAGGGCUGGGAAUCAGACUCCCGCUGCACAGCAGUGUGAUCCAGUCCUGCUUUCACUAGGAGUUUAAUAAUGAGA